AAAAAAGAAACGUUGCUUGUAAGUCUCGGAUUGAGAAAAAAAAAAACAACUUCAAAGCACUGGAGAUUGGCGUGCAAAACGUCUGUAUGGUGUUUAUUGUGCCAUUAAAGGUUUUCCGAUCAAUUUCCUUGGAGUGACUGGAGUAAUUUCGAUUGUUCGAUAUGUUAGUGGGUGUUAAUGGAGCUGCAGGAAUGGAUGUAAACAAGCGCAAAUGUAAACAAUAACUUGUAAACGGUGGUUUCUGGACGCUAUAAAAAAUAAAAUAAUAAUUUUGUGGAGCUUUAUCUUUUACAAUAUGUCGGCGGGGCUGAAUAAAUCGGGAUCUAAAUCAACUACCUCGUUGCCUGCAGACCCGAUGGAUAUCAUAAGGAGCAAAGCCUGCUGCAGGAGAGUGCGGCUGAACGUUGGGGGGCUUCCGCACGAGGUUCUUUGGAGAACGCUGGACAGGUUACCCCGCACGCGGCUGGGGAAACUAAGAGACUGCAACACGCACGAGUCUCUCACUGAAAUAUGUGAUGAUUACAACUUGGACGAUAACGAAUACUUUUUUGAUCGCCAUCCCGGGGCAUUCACUUCUAUUUUGAAUUUUUACCGCACUGGUAAGUUGCACAUGAUGGAGGAGAUGUGCGCGCUGUCCUUCAGUCAGGAACUGGACUACUGGGGAAUAGACGAGAUAUAUUUGGAAUCUUGCUGCCAGGCUAGAUAUCACCAGAAAAAGGAACAAAUGAACGAGGAACUGAAACGAGAGGCUGAAACUAUGAGGGACAGGGAAGGAGAUGAGUUUGAAAACACAUGCUGUGCGGAAAAAAGGAGGAGGCUUUGGGACCUUCUGGAGAAACCCAGCUCUUCUGUGGCCGCCAAGAUUUUGGCGAUCAUAUCCAUCCUCUUCAUUGUAUUAUCAACGAUUGCCUUGUCCCUCAACACCCUCCCGGAGCUGCAGGAUACAGAUGAAUUCGGACAGGUCACUGACAACCCUCAACUGGCUCACGUGGAAGCCGUUUGCAUUGCAUGGUUCACCAUGGAAUACCUGCUACGCUUCCUAUCUUCCCCCAGCAAAUGGAAGUUCUUCAAAGGGCCGCUGAACGUGAUCGACCUGUUGGCAAUUUUGCCCUACUACAUCACAAUCUUCCUUACAGAGUCCAAUAAAAGUGUGUUACAGUUCCAGAACGUCAGAAGAGUGGUCCAGAUAUUCCGGAUCAUGAGAAUCUUGAGGAUUCUGAAGCUCGCCAGACACUCCACAGGCUUGCAGUCUCUUGGAUUCACCCUGAGACGAAGCUACAAUGAGCUGGGGUUGCUAAUUUUGUUUCUAGCAAUGGGCAUCAUGAUAUUCUCCAGCUUGGUGUUCUUUGCUGAGAAGGACGAGGAUGACACAAAGUUUAAGAGCAUCCCUGCUUCUUUCUGGUGGGCUACCAUCACCAUGACCACAGUAGGGUAUGGGGAUAUCUACCCUAAGACUCUUUUGGGUAAAAUUGUUGGGGGGCUUUGUUGUAUCGCUGGGGUGUUGGUGAUUGCACUUCCUAUACCAAUUAUUGUGAACAAUUUCUCAGAAUUCUACAAGGAACAAAAGAGGCAAGAAAAGGCAAUCAAGCGCCGAGAAGCCCUCGAGAGGGCAAAGAGAAAUGGAAGCAUUGUUUCAAUGAACAUGAAGGAUGCUUUUGCCCGGAGUAUAGAACUGAUGGACAUUGUGGUGGAGAAGAGUGAAGAAAACAUGGAUAAGAAGGAGAAGGUGCAGGACAACCACCUUUCACCCAACAAAUGGAAAUGGACAAAACGAACCAUGUCAGAGACAAGCUCCAACAAGUCUUUAAAUGUUAAAGACCAAGGCUCGCCGGACACGGCUCGACCGAGCACAAGCCCUCAGCAUCUCAAUGUGGAAACACUAGAAGAAAUGUAUAGUAAGAUGGCCAAGACUCAAUCCCAACCCAACCUCAAUACCAAAGAGGGAGGCCAGUCAUCAAAAGUAGGCAAACAAAGGGAUGAAAUAGAGAUGGACAGUAUCCCGGGUCCAACAGAUCCUGUGCUGCCCCCCCCUGAAGGAAUUAUUGACAUGAGAAGCAUGUCUAGUAUUGACAGUUUUAUAAGUUGUGCUACAGAUUUUCCAGAAAUCGGGAGAUUCCCUCACAGUCCAAUCACCUCCCUGUCCUUCAAAGUCAGUGCAAAUCCAUCUCUGGAGACCACUCACGAGUACGAAGGACUGCUCUCCCCCAAAACCGCCACCAGCGCACAAAUUUAUCCGGUCAAGGAGAACAGUUUCCUGGAGAUGAAUUGCAACAAUCCAAAUUCCCAACCCCCUUCCUUUAGGUUCAACAAUCCGUUGAAAUCCAGGUCCUUCAAAGUGAAUUUCCGGGAAGCUGGUGCUUUUCAAAGCGCACCUGGAAUGUCAGCUUCUGUUACAGAUACCCUGAGUGGGCCUCUUUCUGAUAGCUCUCUGUUUUCUGACCGGUCUCUGCUCAGUCCAGAAGUCUCAAUCUACACAACAGCCAGUUGCAAAACACCUCCUAAGUCUCCAGAGAGCCUCAUGCCAAAUGUGUUCACCUUCCAUGACGCUUCCAUUAACAAAUAUAUUGAUGCAGACACUGAUGAAGAAGAACAUUUACAAGAGGGGACCGAUGCAAGUGCUUCUAAAUGGCUCCUGGGAAACGCAAGCCCAAAGUACAACAUAAACAGCGGCUAUCAGAAGCAGAGAGGCAGCCACCUAGAAGUAACAUCAUCGCAGAGGUUAGUGGGUCAAAACUGCAUUUUCCCUUUGGAGGGCAUUGCGGGGAGAAGCACACCAGGUUGCAACCAGGAAAGCAGCAAAGUGGAGAACCACAUCUCACAAGACAUCCGCUUUCCAAACAGCGAACAAAGCCAUUCCAGCACAUACAAUGAAAGUAUCUGACUGCUUCUAGACCAACGACAGAGAGAGGGACAUUACACAGGAAAACAGACAUCUUCUUUAGGGGAAAAACGAGAGCUUUUGCAUGGCAUGAUCAGCUGUUUCGAAGAAGCAAAGGAGAGGUGUGAAGGGAGACAGUCCUGUUUAAGAUGGGAUUUGGAUAGUACUGUGAAUUUCCAAAUACUGAUGAAAAUGUAUUCUACUCUCCUUUUCUUCUCCCUGAACAGGAUAAACAGGCUGACAGUUCUAUGUGAAUCAGUAUUAAUAUGGACCUCUUGUGGAGGCUACAAGUACUAUAUGUAAAUACAGGAUUAUGAAUACAAAUAAAACAUAAAAAGCACCUUGAAA